AUGCGAGUCACUUUUCUAUCUUCCUUGGUGGCCUUUACUGUCACUACCACAGCCAUUCUCGUUACAUAUCCCCCAAAGGGUGCAAAGAUCGAUUGGAGCAAGCCAGUUACAAUCAAGUGGGACUCCGUGGAGACUGACCCUUCCACCUUUGAUCUAUACGUUGUCAAUCAGGCUGUCAACCCAAGUGUCUCGACCCUCGUCGCCUCCGAUAUUGAGACUUCGAAGGGAUCGUACACCAUCAAAGCUAAUAACGAGGAUUUGACUACUUCCGAUACUGGCGGUGGCUACCAAAUCGACCUUAAGUCGAGUAGCGGCGAUGGCAUUCUCGCUCAGUCGCAGCAAUUCAAAUUCCUCUUCCUUGUCUACUUCUACCCCUUCUACCACUUCAAAAUCCACUUCAAUGUCUUCAUCCACCACUUCUUCCUCGAUUUCUACCUCGAGUACAUCUACAUCAUCAAAGACUACCCAUUCAAGUACUACAAAGACUCAUUCAUCUACUUCUUCAGCCCCCACAUCAACGUCGAAGUCUACUUCUACAUCUUCUUCUACUCUGUCUACCUCCACAUCCCAUUCCACUACGAAGACCCAAACUACUACACAUACCUCUACUUCCUCUACAAGCACCAAAACCUCUUCGUCGACCACUUCAACUUCGACUUCUACCAAGACGACUAUGUCCACUACCCAGCACACCAAGACAAUGGAAACCACCUCUACCGCUUCGGCAUCUACUACGUCCAAUGCCGCUGGUUUGCUCAUGCCUCCCAACAAAGCUGGCAGUCUGCUUUUGGGUCUUGUCGCCCUUGCUCUCUGAAAAGUUUCCAUCGGCAUACUACUGGUCUUCUUCGCGGUUCGGCCAAAAUGGCUCUCGAAUUGACGAGGAACAGUGUUGUGAUUUCUAGGUCACCUUAUUAG